CCGCCAAUCAUCUGUCGAGUUCUAUUUAUAGAUGACCGUUUCACUUUUGGGUACCUUACUUAGUCUGUGGCUACUGGAAGCACACAACACCAUUCGUGUCUGACCAUGGCAACCACGACUCCUCCAUCACCCGUGAACCUGCUCAAACCUUCGUCAUGGAUGAACUUGAGUCCUCCGCCGACGCACAAAUGCGUGCAGCAAUUCCUCAUAGUCAACGUGGUGCUUCCCAUCGCCAUCUACUAUGCGGCGUCGAUGGUCGUGUCGGACAUGCCAGCAUUGGCCUUCUCCGCGAUUCCGCCCGCGGUGGAAGCGUUGCAACAGCUCGUGGCGUACCGCCUCUUGGACCCGAUUUCGUGCACGCAAGUGGUGUCGGUCGUACUGGCCGUGGGGCUCAUGUACUGGACCAACGAGCCCAAGGUGCUGCUGCUGCAACACUCGAUCUUGACCGUCAGCUUUGGGAUCGCCCUCUUGGUGUCUAUUCACUGGGAUGAGAACAUCUUUUGGCGGUACUACCGUGAAUUCUGCGGCACCACCGACGAUAAACGAGUGAUGCUGAUGGCGCAGUGGCGAGAUCCCAACGUCAAGGCUCUGACCAAGACCGUGUCCUGGUUCUGGGGCGUGGGCAUGCUGGUUGAAGCCGUCGUGCGCGUCGGGUUUGUGGUGUUGCUGCCCAUCAAGGUCAUGGUCAUCCUGUCGCCGUGCCUCGCGUUCAUCUUCACCAUUGCCGUGUGUUCAUGGACGGUUUGGUUUGCCAAAACGCACGGCUUUCACCUGGUCACGAACGACAAAGACACUACGGCCACGACGGCCAACCCCAGCCACACCCUAUACCAAACGAUUUAACAACGUCGGCCGUUUCGUAGAUAUAUUACGCCAUUACACGAUUGUCCAUACUGUCGAGCUUCAUACA